CACACACACACACACACACACACACACACACACACACACACACACACACACACACACACACACACACACCCUCACUCUCCCUCACUCUCACGUUGAAGCUGCCUGCAGCUGCAAAACAUCCAGAGACCACAGAGAGACCACAACAACAGCCGGACCUCAGACGCUGGUGUCCCCUCAUCUACACCGAGUUACAUUCAGAAAGGACCCAGCAGGAAAAACACACCGUCCUCUGCAACUUGCACCAACAAAGGAAUCUAAGGCUUUAUUGAAAAUAUAAAGCCACUGGGGAAGACUUUUAUCUACUUUCUAUUUGCUCUGGUGAUCCUUCUUGUGUCGUGCCACUAUGUCCGAGGUGCUGCCAUACAACGAGGGGAAAAUGAGCGGCUACGGGGCGGACAGCGAGGUCAGUCAGAUGUCCUUUAGCUGCGGACUGCAGGACACGAGCGCCUUUUUCGCAGGGUCGCAGGCGAAAAGACCCCCAAAGCUUGGACAAAUCGGAAGAGCCAAGCGAGUGGUCAUCGAGGAUGACCGAAUAGACGAGGUCCUGAAGGGGAUGUCAGACAAGUCUGAUCCCGGCGUUUAAACACGAGCGAGUCUUGCAGACUUUUUAUUUUUGAUCACCGAUUUGAAGCACUUGUCGGCUGUGCAUGUUCGAGGAUUGCAGGAGAAUAACGACGGCACGAAGCGAGGAUGGAGUGACUGACGAACGGCAAUGAAAAGAGCAGAACGGGGGGAAAAUGGAGAAGGAUGAAGGUUGAUAAAUGAAGAUGACAGAUGAUGAAAUAAAGAGAAGGAGAGGGAGAGACUCUGGAAAAGACCAAGAUGUAUCAUGGGAUUGCUGGCAAUUCUCCAAACGAAUCCCGAUUUUAAGUACUGCUGCGCAGCGAGGUGUUGAGAUGGCGGACUCCGCUCUGUAUCUAACCUCUGCUGACUUUAAUGAUGGAUGAACUUGUCAUUACUUCACGACCAUCUAUUUUUCCUUUCCAACAGCGUUGUAAGCAACACAAUACUGCAACUGGAGACUGAAGCUAAAUCCCAGCCCUAUUUCAAUAAGUUGUACUGUAGGUAGGCUAAGCUCUCAGACGUCCCCCUUCCUCCCCCCUCCCCCUCCUUUAGGCUUUGCUUUGUUGAUUCAGUAAGCGACGGUGCAUUCAAGGGAGCUGUCCUUUCAGCACUGAUCCAAUGCAUUCCUGUUGCUGCUAACGCUUUUUAAAAACAGACCAACCAAACUCUCGAGUCUGCUAAAUAGAGGAGACACAUUGUAUGUAAAAAAAAACAUAUAUCCGAGGACGGUGCAAUGUUAAUAUAUUCUGUAGUAGAAGCCCUGCUUGUUUUGGCCCUUAAAGAACAUUAGGCCACUGAUUAAACCUGAACCACAGGCUACACGUUCUUCUUCUUCUUCUUCUUCUUCUUCUUCUUCUUCUUCUUCUUCUUCUUCUUCUUCUUCUUCUUCUUCUUCUUCUUCUUCUUCUUCUUCUUCUUCUUCUUCUUCCAUUACCCAUCAGUGGUUAAGGGUGCAGCUUGGCACCUUCAUGUAGCUGAUUUAGACCUGCACAUAUCUCUUGUUCCCUUGUUUUUGCAUUCUCAAAUGCUCCGAUAACUACAGAGGCCAGCACAGAUUAUAUAAAAUGUUUAGAAAAGUCAUGAAAUUGAUGGGAAAAAAAAUUAUGCUUUCAAAAAUGUGUUUAUUUUUUAAUUCGCAGUUAUUUGUGUACCCUCUACUAUACGUUUUUUCUCCAUCUAUUUGCAUGAACUUUCACUACUCUUACCCUGGCACGCUUCUUUUUUGACAAAAGUCAUAUUUGUAUUUUUAUAUCUAAAUAUUUGUUAUUUAAAUGAUAUGCUAGUCUAUCGUCUUACAAUUCAUCAACACAAAUAUUUCUACUUCAGAGAGGAUAUACAGGAUGAGACUAGGCUUCAUGGAGGUGAAGCUAAGGUUUUGGUGGACUGGUCUCAUUCUAUAUCACCAGUCGGGCGUUUUUUAAAGACUAACUGAAUGUGUCUGGGGUUUUGCACACAUCAAUGUUAAACUAUUAUUAAGAAAUCGUAUACUGUGACUUGAGCUUCGUUGAUGAAUUUGUUAGAAAAUUGCAGUUUUAGAGUAUAUUGCACUGUUUACGAGUAUCCUCAAAUAACCAGUGUUAUUUGAACCAUUUUGGACAUUACAGUUUUAGUUUUUUUAUUUUGUUUAUUUUGUACCAUUAUUUUAAAGAAACUGGAUAUGGUUUGUUGUGCAUGAAACCUUAAUAUUUUCAAAAAUGAAACAUCAUUUUCUGAAGCAAAAAAGCAACAAAAAUGUCAUGACAUUCUAAGAAUGAGUCAUUGUAUAUUAUGAUGCCAUUUUCACAGUAUUUGGUGAAUUAAUAAAUGGUGAAAGAACAUGUAAAUGUGUUUCUUUGGAAUGACAUUUGUCCCAAGACAAUUUUUUUUUUGUUUCACUAACAAUUCAAAAGAAGAUGACAAACAAUACACUCAACAUCAGAGUGGCCUGGGCCGGGAAAAAGCCAAUGGGAGCACAGUGACGAUCAAAAAAAUAAAAGGGAGAGAACACAAGUGUGGUUGUAGUAUCAAAAAGCAAAAGUCCUCUUUGUAGCCUUUGAAGCCAGUCGCCAUGAUCUCAGUGACAGUAAAUACUGAUCCUUAAUUAAAGGAGGAAGAGCGAUCCAUCUGUUAAGCUGUUAAACAGCUCGAUGUCGGCCUACACUAGUGAAUUUAUCGCACCACAGAGCCCUGGGGAGCCAUGACUGACCACAUGAUCAUCUAUCAGAGUGUAGAUGUGCAGCGUCCUCGUACAGUAGCUCUCACACAGAGAUUGUAGCAGGCCAAACACUCGUUUGGCUGGUUCAUCAACACAAACCUACUGUACAGUAUGUCAUGCAACAAAACCAAAAAAAACUCAGCAUGCUGUGUGGUUUAUUUUUUCCAAUAUACUGUCACACAAUGGCAAAACCCAAACAUUUAAACCAUUUAUAAUUUAUCCCUUUUUGUUGGCUUUUUGCUUGCUAGUUUCCACAAAUUGUCUUUCACAAUAAACUUGGAAUCAAGGUGUUAUCUUGUUUAGGCUUGUGUAAAAUAUAAUAACAGUCAAACUAACAAACUGUACACAUAAAUAAUCUGCUUUGUAUUUUUUUAUCAAAUCAAAAUUUCCGUUUUUUUAUAUUAGGUGAGCAACUUCCUAACUCCUUUUCUUAAAACCUUAACAGAUCUGUAUUCUGAUGUGGAGUCUGGUGGAAGGAAAGGUGGAGAAUACUGCACUACAUUGUUUGCCAACAGUGUCAGUCAGGAAAUUGUGCCAGUGAAAAUCAACCUUCUUCCACCUGUGGUACACAAACCUGCAGGCCAUCGAGAACUCACUAGAAAUUAAUUUCCUUGUAAUCUCAAUGCAGAACUUUCCUGGAAAUCAUCCCACAGAUAUGAUUUUCAGUCUCAUUUGUGUAUCUCAUGUGUUUGGAAUAACUAUCUAUCUAUAAAAAGCUACAUGUUGUGACAAUG